CCGCCGCCGCCCGGCGCGAGGUGAGCGCUGCGCCCUGUCCGCUAGGGAAGGGCGCGAUGCUGGCCGACAGCCUGGUGGAGGAGUUCGAGAUCCGCGAGGAUGAGCCGUGGUACGACCAGCAGGACCUGCAGCAAGAUCUUCACCUUGCUGCUGAGCUUGGGAAGACGCUACUGGACCGCAACACUGAAUUAGAAGAAUCUUUACAGCAAAUGUAUGCAACAAAUCAAGAGCAACUGCAAGAGAUAGAGUAUCUCACAAAGCAAGUGGAGCUCUUGCGUCAAAUGAAUGAUCAACAUGCAAAAGUUUAUGAACAGUUGGAUGUGACAGCAAGAGAACUAGAAGACACUAAUCAAAAGCUAGUUGCAGAGAGCAGAGCAUCACAACAAAAGAUACUAAGCUUGACAGAGACUAUUGAAAAUCUGCAGACACACAUAGAUGACCUGCAAAGGCAAGUAGAAGAGCUGAAAAAGUCUGGACGAGGCCGGAUGAACCAUGAGAGAUCUGACCAGCCAAGAUCAAUGCACAGCUUCUCGUGUUUGAAGGAGCUGUACGACCUUCGCCAGUAUUUUGUUUAUGAUCACGUGUUUGCAGAAAAGAUUACUUCAAUGGAUAGUCAGCUAAAUCCUCUGGAAGAAGAAAAUGAGAACUUGAAGAAGGCAGUUACAGUUCUGCAAGCCCAACUCAACCUAGAAAAAGAGAAGAGGGUAACAAUGGAAGAGGAAUACAGUCUUGUGGUGAAAGAGAACUGCGACCUUGAACAGAGGCUUGUCGAUAUUGACUUGUAUCGGGCUCGUGCAGAGGAGUUGGAAGUGGAAGUAGCUGAAAUGCGACAGAUGCUUCAAUCUGAAAACGCACUCCACAAUGCAGAGAAAUUGGUGCCAGAAUCCUUUUUCAUUUCAUUUAAAGAAUCUUUAGAAAGGGAGCUUGGUCAGAGCCCAGCUGAUGAUGGGCUUCUGACUGUCCCUGAACUUGAGAAAAAGGCAUUGAAGCGGAGCAGUAGUGAAAAUUUCUUGAGUAGUGCUGCAGGGGGAGACAUUCUAAGGGGCCAUGAAGAAACGUGCAUCAGGAGAGCUGAAGCUGUGAAGCAGCGGGGAAUCUCUGUACUCAAUGAAGUUGAUGCUCAGUAUAAUGCUCUGAAAGUGAAAUAUGAGGAACUUUUGAAGAAGUGUCAAAUGGAUGAAGAUUCUUUGAAACACAAGGCUGUACAAACACUGAAGCAGUAUUCUAAAGACAGUGUGGGAAAUACCCAGUAUGAUCUUUCAGCUAACAAUCAAGAAUUCACGAAUGCAGGAGAAUCACUUUGCUCCACAAAUACUCUUCCUGAAUAUAAAGCACUCUUCAAGGAAAUCUUUAGCUGUAUCAAAAAAACAAAGGAAGAAAUAGAUGAGCACAGAUCUAAGUACAAGUCCCUUUCUUCUCAGCCAUAACGUUAGAUGUUCUGAUGACUGAUUUGUUGCUGGUGACAAAUUUGUUGCCCAGAAAGGGGGAAAGACUUUACACAAAUGUCGAAAGACCCCUUGCACAGAUGUUUCUUUUAGCACUAAAAAGGAAUGUUUUCAAUUGGCUCAUAGAGAGUAGUUAAAAAGCUAGUUAGACUAGCAGUCUUCCUGUAGGUACGUAGCAAUAGAUGUAAUGUUGUUUGGCACUGUCACACGAACUAGUGGUUGUAAAGGAAACAAAAUUGUAGCUUAAUACUACAAUGCUACUUAACACACUUGAUUUCUGGCAGAAACUGACAAUAGUUUUCCUAGUCCACUUCAAAUUAACAGAGCUAAGAAAUCCGUACACUACUUCUCACAAAGAACUAGGUAAAAGCUUUUCUUUAACUUGCAUGUGAUCAUCUAGCCCAGUAACUGUAAAAAAAAAAACAAAAAACCAAAAAGCCCCAGGUCAGUAUCACAGGCAGCCUCUCCUCGAGUCCUGAGAAUGAAGUUAGUGAAUCUAGCUGAAUUUGCUUUGGCAGGGAGAUGGAGAGCUAGCAUAGCAGCUUGCGCUGUGCUUGGUAAAGUUAAUGCCAUGUGUUCACAUGAACUAGGCUCUUCUAUGGAUAAGUAUAGAUGUCUUUGUACUGAGAAAGACUUUGACAAGAAGUUUGUGUGGCUAUUUAGGUAUGGUUUCUUAUUUAGGGAACUUGGUCUUAAGGUGAGGUACUGUGAAUUGAUUACAUGUUAUUUGGAGCUGUUUUUGUUUUUUUUUUUUUUUUUUGUGGGAGGCCAACAAAGUACCUACUAGUGUGUAUUUGGCAAGACAAAGUUGCAAUUUAGUCAUUUAACUUUAGCAGUAGAAUUGAUACAGUGAGAUAGCUUUUAAGCUCACAUACCACAAACUCCAAGCACUGAAGGAGACGGGUCAGGUAAAGCCUUAUCUUACAGGUUUGCCCAUUGCUUCCACUAUCAGCUUCAGUGAACCUGUUCCAUGCUGCCUAUGGAGUGGUGGGAGGCUGGAUGCAACACUGCUAGAACAUAUCCUACUGAAAAUGUGGGGCUGUGUUGUUGUUCAUACUUUCCUCCUCCACUCCCUAAUAGUAGCUCAUAGGUAUUCAAAUUCUGAAAAACAAAAUAUGCAGAAGUACAUUCUUUAGAACUGCUUUGAAGUAUGAAGAAUGGAAAACAAAGGCUAAGCAAUUAAGGAGAAAGAAGGCACCAGGAAAGGUGACAUCCUUCUUACACAGGGUCUCAUAGCUUAAUUUGGUUAGCUCUUCUUGGGAACUUCCUUAUUGCCUGUCUGAGUUGCUGCAAUAUACCAAAACAGCUGGAAGAGUGACAGUUUCUCAGCUUUAGUUCAACUGCUGCUAUUAAGUUGUCUGCCUUAUUUACCUGUUAAGCUUGUGUACAGUUGUCCUUCAUUUGCAGUAUUAAGACUCUGUAUUGUGGGAAUUUCUCAAAAAUAUGUAUUGCAUUCUUAAGAAUUAUUUAAAAAUGGGAAUCCGAAUGUUGUAAAUAUUUUUCUAAGCAAAUAAAUAAGCCAGUCAAGCUCCACGUCUAA